AUGUUUGCUCCCAAGGCAGCAGCGCCUGCCGCAGGUGGACUUUCUCUAAACACAAACUCCACCACUUCUUUGUUUGGCGGUAACACAGCCACAUCCACAGCUACUUCUGGCGCAACUACUACCAGCAGCCUCUUCGGGAACACCGCGAGUUCGACAGCGCCUAAACCAGCAGGAGGAUUAUUCGGCGCUCCGGCGGCAGGGACCACACAAGCACAACCGACUGGAUCCAACAUGUUUGGGGGUCAACAGCAGAGCGGUACUACCGGCAGCAAUCUGUUCGGAGGUACAACUACCACUACACAGCCUUCUGGGACCAGCAGUUUGUUCGGUGGGCCGACUGCUGGCGCUGGCACCGGCACGACUCAAGCAACAACAGGCGGUCUUUUCGGCGGUGGUACAUCCACAGCCCAAGCUCAGACAAAGCCGGCCUUUGCAGGACUCGGCGGUGGACUUGGUGGAGGAUUAACAGGAGGAGCCACGGGAAGCAUGUUUGGUGGCGGCCAGAGCACAGCCCAACAACAACAACCUCAAAAGCCUACCCUCUCUCUCUUCGGCCAGCCCGCACCUACACAGACCACACAACCACUACAACAGAGCACCGCUACCAGCACGGUAAUUCCAGGCGUGAAAGUUGACGUCAGCAAUCUCCUGCCGACCACCAAGUUUGAGAGCUGUGCGGAUGAGAUCCGUAACCAAAUCGAAGCUAUCGACAAGCACAUUUUGAACCAGAUGAAGAUGUGUCAUGAGGUCGGAGACUUACUCCCGACCAUCGAGCAGCAGGGUGCCACAAUUCCUAACGAUGUCGAAUUUGUACAAGGCAAACUGGAAACCAUGCAACAUGCGCUUGAGAACGAUGCUAGUGACAUUGAUGCGCUGCGCAGCCUAGUUACACGGGAUGCGGCCGAGGCCCAAGUUGCGUUCCGAGCAAUUGAUACGCUGAAGCUCCCUCUACAAUACCAGUCCUCUGGCGGUGGGUGGUGGUCUGUGCAGGAUCAACAGAUUCCGGAGCGAUCUAUGCGCUCCAGUCGCAAAAACACACUUGCUCUUCCCGACGGUGUGGAGGGUGACGCAUCAACUGAUGUCAAUGGAGUUCCCGUCAAUCUGGUCGACUACUUCUCUCAUCGCUCGAAGGAGAUGAAGGAAGUUCUUACAAGAUAUACUGGCAACCUCAAAGAGAUCGAGGACCAUCUCCACGGUGUGGAGGCUACACUCAACCGUCAAAUCAGCGAUUUUGUGAGCUCCAAGUCUCGAGAGGGAGCUGCGGGGACACCCCGGUCUACCAUCAGCGAGCUUUCGGGUGUUCUCUCAGAUGUUGAGGCUGGAAUUAUGGGUGUUGCCACUCGUUUGAGCAAUGUAUCGGAACAAGUACAAGAUUUGUCGAUUGGGCAGCAGUCCCUUGGCGAUGGUCGGCUUCAUCUGGGAUAG